CAAAUAGACCUGCGCUGGUGAGACUUUAAUCUAAACGCUACUAACAAAACCACGCUUGCCUGUUAUGUUUGGUAGAGUGCAGACUACAUGUUGGGACUAGCUAAGGUUUAAGAAGAGGGAGGCAUAAAGCUGCACAUUCACGCCCCCUGAACCUUUAAAAACCUCCCCGGUGAUCCCGCCGCCGUGGCAUCGCCAGCUGCGUGUGCGCGUUGGUGGCGACUGGCUCCUCUUCACCGGGACUUGGACUUCAACCGCGGGUCUCGCUGCAACUUUAAGACGCGAGCGACUUGUUUUCCCCCCAUUCUCUGCAGGAAAUCACAUGGAGGUGCUCCUGCGCUCACAUGACAGCCCGAGCCAUGGCAGGAGAGAUAAAUGAAGGUUCAGUUCCUGCCUACUACAGAGAAGUGUAUGAAGCCAUCCGCUGCAGGACAGACGAGAGGGUGCAGGCUGAGGUGUUCCAGCGGCUGCUGCAAAGGGCCGAUCUCUCCCAGGCGGCCCUCAACCAGGUUGCUGAGAACGUUGACUCCACAGAUGGAUUCCUCACCAAGCUGUCCCUCUAUAAAGCGCUGGCUUUGAUAGCUCUGGCCCAGCAAGGGAAACAACCGAGCCCCAAACUCUUGGAAAACUUCAUCCAGGAGUUGCCAAAACCGCAGCUCGGAGAGCCAAGGGAGCUGAACGCCCUGAGGAUGCAGCCGGCUCAGGACGACGUGCUCAACAUAUCGCAGACGCUGGAGAAGCUUCUGGCCAAAGACACAGUCCAGGUGGAGCUGAUACCGGAGAAGAAGGGCCUGUUCCUCAAGCAUGUGGAGUACCAGGUCACCAGCAAGCGUUAUAAAAUAUCAGUUUAUCGGCGGUACAGUGAUUUUGACGUCUUCCAUGAAGUGUUGCUUCAGAAGUUUGCCUACAGAGUGGUUCCAUCACUGCCGCCCAAAAGGAUGCUGAAGGGAGUCCUGACUUCUGUGUCUGAGCGCGAGUUCAUCGAAGGGAGAAGACGAGCUCUGGGCAGAUUUAUUAACUUAGUGGCGCGGCAUCCUUUCUUCUCCGAGGACGAGCUGGUCAAGACCUUCCUCACCUUCAGUGGCUCUGAUGUCCAGACCAGGCUGCGUGACACUUGCAAGAAAACGGGCGACGAGUUCAUGACCAACAGGAUAGCGACCCAAGCUAAGGACUACCUCCCAGCAGACAUUCAGCCUCAGUUCGCCACCAGCAGAGAGCUGAUUAAAAACAUCCACAACAGUUUCCACAGGCUGCGGGACAGAGCUGAAAAAAUGGCUGAACGCUCAAAGGAGAAUGCAACUGAUCUGCUCCAGUUUGGUCGAGAGCUCAGUGCUCUGGGCUCAGACGCGUCGGCUCUUCCUGCCUUGGCCUCCUCACAAAGCAGCUGGGGAACCCUGCGCCAGUCUUUGAAAAGUCUGUCGGUGGAGUUUGCCGUUUUAUCCGACAAGGCCGCCCAGCAGGGCAGACGGGAACAGGAUGAUGUUGUGGAGAAGCUGCACUUCUUCCUAGAUCUGCUGCAGUCAUACAGGGAUCUCUGCGAGCGGCAUGAAAAGGGUGUGCUUCACGAGCACCAGAGAGCGCUGCAGAAGUACAGCGUGAUGAAAAGGCAGAUGAUGAGUGCCACGGUUCAGUCCAAAGAGCAGGCUUCUGUAGAGCAGCUGGAAUCACGAAUCGUUCAGCAAGAAGGCGCCAUUCAGACCAUGGAGCUCCGCAACUAUUUCUCCCUGUUCUGCCUUCAUCAAGAGACGCAGCUCAUCUUCUCCUACCUUCCAAUCACCUCUGACAUUCUCGGGGCUUUCGUUAACUCCCAGGUCCAGGGACACAAAGAGAUGGGGGAAGUGUGGAAUGAACUCCAACCAAAGCUUGGGUGUCUCUUUGGUAGUAAUAAUGGACAGAAAACACCAAUCUGAAACCCACAUCUAAAUGCAGGUUAGGGGGAGAAACACUCCGGCAGAUGAAGAACUUCAACUGGAAACUGAAAAGCUCCGUGAGCUAAUGCCAAAAAAAAAAAAACUGUUCCCAGUCUGUCACUUCUCAUCCAGUAAAGCAAUUU